AAAGCAAUGCGUACUUCUGCGCAUUCGUACUUCACUUCAGCGCCUCAGAAAUUCUCGUCUCUUUUAACGCUGGAGGUAUUUUCUGAACAUAAGCUAACAGUAUCAAAGUAUACUACCUAUAGUUUGAUGUUGCGUGAAAAUAUAGAGAUUAUGGUGCGCAUAUAGCACAGAGAAAUGUUCAAACCGAAAGACAGCAUUAUGUGACGUACACUGCAUGUACAAAUGAACAAAUCCCGCUCGAGUUGCAUAGACACGGCUUCUUUAAGAGCUGAAUCCAAUCGUGGAUCUCAGGGGGCGGGGCUUCGUCCUCCCUGGUUCCUUCUUGUUGCUGCAGAGGGAGUCUGUGUUCAGCGCAUUAACGAGGCUCUGUAGUCGGAGCGCCCAGGAUGAGGGCGCGGGAUCUUAUUCUGCUCGGAACCGUGCUGAUGGAAAUACAUUUGGGGGAAACGAUCUGUCAAGAACUCGCUCGUUGUUAUUUACUGCGUGUGGACUGCAUGUUAGAGGUGAUUAUGGCUUGAUCAGUGUUUGAAGCUUUGCACGGUGAUUCAUUCGCCCCCGCUUUUAGGGCGCUCGGAACAAGCGGGUUUCUUUUCAUUCUGCCUGGAUAGCGAAAAGGCUUGAAGCACUGUCAAGAUGGCAGCUGUAUUUGGAGAUUAUGUUACGGAUAUAGUGGUUUGCUUGAGGCUUGUGUAGUGUUACUUUUGAAUUGUGGCAGCUAACGUAAGUGUAAACGUUAUCCUUGUCGAACUCGGUAUCAGGCGCUUGCUGUGAUCUCGCUGCUCCCCUGUGUGACCGCAUUCAGCGCUUUUAACGAGCAUUUGUACAGAGUGAAAUGCAAAUUGCACUAGCUCUCAGCAGGACACGUGGAGAUUAGUUAGAGGGCUGAAGAGAAGGUUUAUAAGCACUGGUGCAAAACCAAAAUACAGCUAAGGCAUCCAAGUGCAACUUUGCAUUCAUGAUCAGUCUGGAGUUUGAAAAUGAGCACGUCAUGCAUUAGUUUUGGUUUGCCACAAGAGCCAAACGUAAAGUUAGACCCGUCCUGCACAGAAAUACUCGCUCAGAGAUCCGUCUAUUGAUGGAAUGCGGGACUCGGACCGCGGCGGAACUGUGUCCAAGACCAUAAGCGCACAAAGUGUUCAUCCGGGGAAACAUGGCACAAGCUAGUGGCGAGGAGAAGAAACCUCCCACAGGAGACGUUGACAUAGAUCCGGACUUCGAGCCUCAGAAAAGACCGAGGUCCUGCACAUGGCCUCUGCCUCGACCGGAGUGCAGCACUGGGCAGCCUGAGCCGACCGAAGCGGACAUUAUUCCCGAGGAGGAGGACGACGAGAGCGGCUCUGAUCACCGUGUGGACAACACCAACACACACACAGGAGAGCAAACAAGCUACAUACGAGCCAAACAGAACCACGACUGCGAUCCUCCUGGUCCAACAUUAAAUACAACUUGUAAUGACAAGGACAGUGACUGUCCCAGCGCCUCCCAAUCGCUGGCAGCUGCAGCUACUGACUCGGGCAUUACUACUCUCACACUCCAGCAGCCCAGAAAAUCAUCCGCACGCAGAAAUGCAUGGGGAAAUUACUCCUAUGCUGACUUAAUCACCCAGGCCAUCGAGAGUUCCCCAGAGAAAAGGCUGACUUUGGCCCAGAUCUAUGACUGGAUGGUGAGAUCUGUGCCAUACUUCAAGGACAAAGGUGACAGCAACAGCUCUGCAGGCUGGAAGAACUCCAUACGACACAACCUGUCCCUCCACAGUCGGUUUGUCAAAGUGCAAAAUGAAGGGACAGGCAAGAGUUCAUGGUGGAUGGUCAACCCAGAUGGUGGGAAAGGUGGUAAAGUACCCCGAAGACGUGCUGUUUCCAUGGACAAUAGCAACAAGCUAAUUAAGAGUGCCCGUGGCCGUGCUGCUAAGAAGAAAGCUGCUCUCCAGGCUGCUCAGGAUGGAAGCUCUGAAAGCUCCUCCAGUCUGUCCAAAUGGACUGGAAGUCCCACAUCCCGUAGCAGUGAUGAGCUAGAUGCCUGGACAGACUUCCGCUCCCGCACUAAUUCCAAUGCCAGCACCAUAAGUGGCCGACUGUCUCCUAUCUUGGCCAACUUGGAAGUGGAUGAGGUUGCUGAUGAUGACUCUCCCCUCUCUCCCAUGUUGUACUCUAGUCCUAGCAGCAUGUCUCCUUCCACUGGCCUGACUGAGCUCCCCCGCCUUGCUGACCUUGCAGGUACUAUGAAUCUCAAUGAUGGCCUCUCAGACAAUCUAAUGGAUGACUUGCUUGAUAACAUCAGUUUAACAGCUUCACAGUCUCCAGGCCAAGAUGAUGAUAGUGCCAGUGAACAAGGAAGCCCAGUGUUUACCUUCAGCUGCUCUGGCAACAGUCUUGGGGUUCCCAACUCCAUGUUUAGCCCAUUGUCUGUCACCAGCCUGCGCCAGUCCCCCAUGCAAACGAUUCAGGAGAACAAGCAGGCCACCUUUACUUGUGGUUCCCACUUCGGGAAGCAGAGUUUACAGGAUAUGCUCAGCUCUGAGCCUCAUAACCACAGUGAUGUCCUACUGACCCAGUCUGAUCCAUUGAUGUCGCAAGCCAGUGCCUCCAUCUCCAUUCAGAGCUCCCGUCGCAGUGGACAAGCUGGGCCUGGGGGGCAAGUGGGACUCAAGAAGGUCUCGCUGUCUGGAUGGCGAGUGAAUGGGGUCUUGGGGUCAACAAGUGAAUCAGAUUUCCAAAGCCUGAUCAAACAGCAUCUUCAACAGUCUCCGUCCAGGAGCACAUCUAUGCAGCUCAGCUCCUCUGAUUCCUUGUUGUCAGGUCUCAACGGUGUCAUGCCCUGUCUACAGUCAUCAACUCAGGAUCGAUUCUCCACUGAUCUUGAUCUUGAAGAUUUCAGCGGUAAUUUUGAUUGUGACAUGGACACUAUCAUGCGGAAUGACCUGAUGGAUGCAGAUGACUUGGAGUUCAGCUUUGAUUCUCAUCUCUUUUUCCAUCAAAAUGCGAAUCUGAAUUCAGGGAGUAUGUCAAAUACCAAACGAACCUCAUCCCAAAGCUGGGUACCAAGCUGAUCAGCUCAGCACAUGGAAUGUCAUGAUGGGGCAGAACAAAGCAACCUGUCCCAACCUUUUAAACACUGUCCUGCGUAAAGGACCUGUAUAAUAAUCUGACAACUUCAGAUUACAGUUAUCAGUUAUUAAAUUUACUAACACUUUUGAUGAUUUAAUGGGUUUGUCAACAAAAGUGGUGCAUUGUGAUAAACAUAGGCUUGUAAAUGAUGAAUUUCAUGAAAUUGAUUUUGUAGUUUGGCAACAACAAGGUAGAAGGUCUGAAAGGACUGCAUUAAAGAAAACUAAUGAAGCUGGAAAGGUUUUUGAUGUUUUUAGUUAAUAAAAGUAAAGUCCAAUAAUCCCUUAAUCUAUUCAAAGAACUAGGCCUAGACAAGUAUUUCACUGUUACAUUUAGAUUAUGUGUAACCAUAGUUUCAUAGACAUAGGCAGUGAUGAUCAUAUUGCUGUUACUCACAUCGAUAGAAAUGCAUUCUGCCAAACUAGUAAUCAUUUAAUAGACCAUUUAAUUGGCCUGUUUACACCAUAGACUAGAGAAUGGUACUGUUUUGGUUUUUUGUUUUUCUUCAGAAUUGACAUGGGAAUGUCUUGUGCUUUAUAUUAAUCUUGUAAACCAGAAAAAAGGGAAGAAAAGUAAUUGUGUGAUGUAUCCAUUACUCCUUUCACAGAACAGUGAAAUAAGACCAGCUAAUGAGCUAUUAAAUGUGAUGUUUAAAAAUCUGUUCCUUCUCUGGUGCAAGGCAUUAAUGCUCUUUUAAAUUGUCAAGGGGUGCAUUUUAUUGAGUACUUGAUCCUACCAACUGUUUUGUCACCUCCAUCCUGACUUCACCUGAAGGUCUGAACAUCUUAAAGUAGUUUUCUGUGAUGUGUACACUAAAAUGUUUAGCAUAUUUAUUCUAGAGGUAAGAAACUUUACAAACACUUACAGAAUAUUAGAACAUGAAUUGCCACUACAUUUUUUGUGUAUAGUUGGAAAAUCACCAUUUAUAAGCUUUUAGGGCUACAAUGGCACACUUUUAGCCUUUGUACAUAUCUGCACACUCCGUGGUGCUCUGAAGAGCUUUGUUUUUGCUCUUAUUGCAAUAUGCAGCAAAGAUCUUCACUUUGCAUGCAAGAAGCAGACCAAUUUUGGUAUUAUAGCUGCAAUCAGUACAAGUUAGUUUGCUUACAAGGACUCUGUUUUACAUAGUUUGUUGAACAUGUAAAGCAAAUUAGCUGACCAACAGUGAGCCUACUAUUUUGUAUGUUGAGUAGUAGUGCCAUUCAGAGACCCCUGUCACUUGGCAAACUUGCAAGUGUUGCUUUAUCAUGGUUGAACUCAAUUUUAUACCCAGAUCUUCAACAUCUCAAGCACCAAUGUGCAAUCUUUUUAUGAGUAAUGUUGAGUUAGGGUAGUCUUCAUUGUUUACAUAAAUCCAUUGUGCUAAUAAAACCAAGAGUAUUGUACAUUGCUGUCCUGAUUAUGGGAUAUUUACUUCAAAAAUUUUAACUUGGAAAAUGUAUCCUGAUUUCAUGGUAUUAUUAAGGCAUCAAUAGGAAAUGCAAAUGAGAAAAGUGAAAUGUUUUAUGUAUCACAUGCCCUGUAUACCAUGACUGGCUAUAUUGAACCUAUGUACUAACAUAUGAGUUGAGUGUUUGCUAGUUAGGUAGUAGAUUGGGAUGGGAUAGUGCAUGUAAAUAAAGCUUUGCACAGUACUAUGAUUGUCUUGGGUCCUUGUUGUCUUUUGGUAAUUAAGGAGUUUAAUAAUUAAAACAUAGCCUGUUUUCUUGUGGAGGUUCUUCACCACCUCCUGAUGAACCUGAUUCAACUUAUUAAAAAGUCUGUCACAGAAAACAUUGUACAGUGAAAAACCUUGUGUAUUUCACCACGAUUAUUCAUGCUAACAUUCUACAAAAGCUUAUCCCAAACACUCUUGUCAUUUGUAAAUACAGCUGAAAAACUCACUUAUUGUUCGAUCUUUAAUUAGCUCCACCUGUCAAUACCAAGGGUCUUUUAAUAAAGUCUUUAUAACCACAAAGAUCGCUAUGUUGGCAUCUAUUUUAUCUUGCUGGCCAAAACUAUCUAUAGAUAAUAUAGGAUCAUAAGCUGGUUAUGCAUAAUUAAAAAUGUUUCUUUAGAUUGAUGCAAGUAAACAUCGAGAGCUCUUCUGGUCUGAGAUUUAGAAUUAUUCUCAGAUUAUCUCUUAAAUUUGCCAAAAUUUAAGUAAAUUG